AUGCCAAAUACGGCCUCAAAGUCGCCCAAUAAAAUUUUGUCGCUCCUCAAGAUGGUCGAAACACAAUGCCCAACACCGCGGUUGCGUUCCCUCAACAUGGAGAGGAGAUUCCAUCUCAUACUGCCAGAUCUCCCGGAUGAAAUGCUCAAUGACUGGGAUUUUUCUCAGCUAGAAAGUCUCGGGACCUGGGUUCCAGACCUCGUCAGUCGAGCAGUGCAAGAGUCUAACCAGCUGUGCUCUUUGGCCAUACCUGAAGAUCUUCUUGAUCGUAUUCAAGACACAAGAUUGAAGACUACACUCCCUCGUUUGGAGGUUUUCGAUGGGAGAAAAUUGGUUACGCUGCAAGCGCUCUCUACAUUCCAGGGUAUCGUCAAUCUUGAACUUUCGGUGAAUCAGCGGGAGAGUGCGCCGAGAGUCAAGAUGGAGCAACUGCAGGCGCUCAAUUUAAACCAGACAUUUCCACUCUGGCCCAUCGAUUGUCCAAACCUUGUCCAUCUCCGAAUCACUCCGCCCGAGUGGCUUUAUAGCCACUCUAGGGGCGAUAUCAUCGUCCUCCCAUCCCUAAAGAUGCUCGAAUACUUCUCUCGUGGUCGAGUAUCUCUCCUUCGCUUCUUUGAUGCGCCAAAUCUUGAGACGCUACGCAUCGAGGAGAGCCUGCUCAAAAAGCAGGCCACGUACAAAGCACUAGCCGAGAUAUGGCCAGUAACAAACGCAACGCGCAACCCUCUUGACCCACGGAUUCUCACCUUCUCCCAUACGACCGUGGGCGAGAGGUCGCUCGCACGCGUGCUCUGUCGUCUCACUCGCUGCCGGGAAAUUCACUUGAUCGACACAGUCUUCUCCGGAACCUUUCUCGAUGGUCUCCAGCCUAUCAAUAAAAAAACAGGGAUGGUCGUGCCCUUGCCAAUGCUGCGGGUAGUGACCAUGGACUGUGAUACGCAAAGAAAGGGCGUAUGUGUCAAUGAGGGGCAAAUCCUUGACGCCGCGUCUCGUCUAAGGGCAAUGCGACAAGCUGCUGGAAGUCCAUUAGUGCAAUUCAGAUUUGCAUAUGGUGGGUUGUGGAAACGGCUUGCUUCUAAUUGCAGCUUGCCGUGA